CAAUGCCGAUUCAUGUGGACAAACCGGACACAAUGCAAAAUGAGCUCAUCGAUAUCGUGGCAGAUGGGCUCCGAUCGAAUCAGAUUUACACGUUUCGAAUGAUCUUGAAACAUGACUAUGGAACUCACAAAUCGGAAGCAACAUUUCAAGCGGACCCCGCUGGAAGAAUCGACUUGAAGUAUGCGAAGCCCCUUAGAGGAUCUUAUUACGAUGCUGAUCCGAUGGGGUUGUUCCUUGGAAUGAAGCCAUGUGAGGAUUUUGCAUAUGGUGGAUAUCUUCGGUGUACUCCGCCAGUUCCGUUUUAUUAUCUGUUGGAACUCUUUGAUUCAUCCGGAACCCUUAUCGACUCUACCUACAUCAAAAAGCACUGGAUGCACCCAAAAUUGAUACGAACCGAGUUAGAGGAAGAUUUCUGUGCGACACUCUUCAAACCUCCCGGUGAUGGUCCCUUCCCAGUGGUCCUUGAUAUUUCAGGAACUGGUGGAGGAAUCCAUGAGCAUAAGGGUGCUAUGUUAGCUUCAGAGGGAUUCGUUGUAUUAUGUCUUGCCUUUUUCCAGUUCAAGUAUUUACCGCAAAAAAUGGAAGAUGUAGAUAUGGAGUAUUUUGCAAAAGCAAUCAACUACUUAAUUGAUCUACCAUUCACAAAAAAUGUGAUAGGUAUACAGGGAGUCUCGUUUGGCGCAACUAUUGUGGACUUGCUCACCACAAGACAUGGCGAUAAGAUCAAGGCCCUGGUCUCCAUCAAUGGCCCCCAAGUCGUAUCUGACUACCUCUUCAUGCAAGAAAACGGUGCCCCAAUUCCUCAUCUCUCCCAUGGCCAAGUCACUUUGGAGCACUGUCAAUUCAUUAAUGGAGUCAUGUGUUCCCAUAGAAACUUCCAGAUUAUGACAGAAAAAUUGACACCAGAAACUGAAAUUCCAUGGGAACGAAUCCCCAGUGAUGUCAAAAUUCGUGUAAUUGGAUCCGUGGAUGAUUUGUGUCAACCAUCGGUGCAUGCAACGUAUUACAGACAGAGAAGACUCAAGGAGACCGGGCAUGAUGUGGAGGUUGAACUAGUGAAUGGAGGACACAUUAUGGAGCCACCAUACUUCCCACAUCACGAACUCGUCUACGCAAAAUACCAGGGAUUCUAUUGUGGAUAUGGUGGAGAAGUGGUUCUACACGCAAAAUCACAGGAGAAGACAUGGUCCAAUACUAUCAAAUUCUUCCAAAAAGCUCUUGGAAAUACAAAGAAAAUUCAGGAUUGGGAUCGACUGACGGUUGUGGUGCCGCCGAGAAAAAAGAGCAAAUUGUGAUAAUUUGAAACUUCUUUGAACAUUGUCUGAACAUUAUGAACUUGAACAUUUUGUGAACCUUUCCACUAAAACUCUUUAUGC